UUUCAAAAAAAAAAAAAAAGAGCAGCAAAGAGAAGUCAUUCAAACGAGAUGUCAGUUGCAAUGUGUUAGCACCCAGUAACCCAGGGCUCACCCUUCUCCUUUCUGGCAUGGGGCUUAACUGAGGUCCGGGAGCAAAACAGGGCCUCUGAACAUCUGGCGAAUCCACCUAAGGGCUGCCCUUGCUGCGUAGAGAAGGGGACAGGAGGCAGUGCCACUAGCCAGGAGAAUUAAGGACACGGCAUUACAGCCAGACAAGCUUUGGUGAGGAAAAGGAAAGAAAAACGUGCAGAGUGCAAACUGGAAUGUACCAUUUAAGUCAAGCUAUUGCAAAAGGAAAGAACUUCACCAAAGCAGCCAGGAGAUCAUCACAGGUUGGUGUGUUGUGUGUGGAGCCGUGGACAAUAUGAUCAGUCAAACUGAGACGUCCCCACGUCGGUGCAGGCGUCUGAGUGAGAGUUAUGACGAGAAGUGUGAGCGCUGGCAACGGACCCGUGAGAGCUUGUGGAGGAGAAACAAUGUCACCACAUGUCGCCAUGUGAGGCAAUGUCGGAAAAAGGAGGCAGAGGAGCAGUCCCAGAGCCCCCGCCAGAAAGAGUUCCUGAAGAGAAGGAACUUAGCCACCGAAGAAGAAAAGAAACAAGUGAGGUUUCCUACUGGGACACCGGCAUCUCCAGGACUAGAGCGUGCAACAGGCACCCCCAAGGAAGCAUCCUCCUGGAUGGAUUUGAGGUCACCCACAUCCCUCCAGAACAGCACCUCCAUGAUUCAUCACAAACAUCCCCAGCACAGUCUCAAUGAUCCUCGCACGCAGAACAACUGGCACUCCUGUGGCAUUUCAUCACAAAACAUCCUCCCCAAAGACAUCUCCAAGCUUAGCCGAGGCACUCAAACAUUAACAGAUUCUAGUGCAAUAAAGAAAAAUUCAAGCCAACAAACAGACUGUGGAAUAGCAGUGCUAGAUAAGGAAAUCAUUCAACUUUCCAACUACCUCAAGGAGGCGUUACAUCGAGAACUGCUGCUGAAGCAGAAGAUGAUGAUUUUACAGGAGCUUUUAUCCACAUUGCUGCAAGCAUCAGAAAAAUCUUGGAAGGGUCAGCUGAAUGAAGACAAAUUAAAGGGUAAACUGAGGGCCCUUGAAAAUCAGCUUCACACCUGUGCCCAGAAUUACUCAAAGGACAGUGUGAAGAGAAUCCUGAUGGAGAUGGAGGACCAAAAGCAGACCUACGAGCAGAAAGCAAGAGAAGCUCUGCAGAAGCUGCUGGAGGAGAAACUCCAAGCAGAACAGCAGCUACAGAAUACUCAGAGGACCCUGGCAGUCACAGAAGACGACUGUGCUCUCUGGAAAGAACACUAUGACACAUUAAAAACAGAGUGGAGUGAGACAGCCACUAAUCACACUGAACUGGAGAACAAGCUCUAUGUUUUGCAGAACCAACUGCAAUGGGCAGACACGCAGAAUGAUCAGCUCCACCAGGCCCUGCGUAACUUGGAGAGUGAGCGUGAAGAUCUCUAUUCGAGAAUCGAGGCUCUACAAGCAGACAACCAGCUCAGAAUGGAGCACGUCAGUGCAAUGGAAGGUAAAUUGCAAAAUGAACAAAAGCAAAAGCUGGCGCUGGAGGUGACAAUCACUCGUUUGCACAACCAGUUACAGAACCAGUCCAAGGAGAAGGCGGCUCAGGAAGAGGUGGUAGUAAGAAAAGAUCAGGUUUUAACUAUGCAGAUCCAACCCCCCAGUCCAGUCAGAGAAAAACAAGAUGCUUUGUUAAAGCAUCCUGACGAUGAGGGAGAGGAAAAUCUGAAGGACCAGGUGCAGAAGAGGACAGCCCAACUCAUUGCAAAGGAAAAGGAGUGCGCAGAUCUCCGCUCUGAGCUGGAGGCCCUGAGCGACGAGUACCGCUCCUGCAUGACCAAGUUACGUCAGUGCCGAGACGAGCUCAAUCAGUUCCAGAGCAAACAGUCCAAAAGACAAUGUGGCCACUGGAUCCCUCUCCUAAUGGUGGUGAUAGCAGCAGCCAUGGCGGCUUUCUUAGCCAAUUUUGUACCAUGAGAAUCCAUCAGUUUCAAUUACCUCAGCACAGCAACUGACUCAACUUUUUUCCCUGUAAUGUAUAAAGAUUUUGUAGGGUUUUUGGGGGGAUAUUUUUGAGCUGGUCUCACUCCUCAACAAAUUCACACUGGUCCAAUAAAUGCGGUG